AUAAGGAGAAAUGGUUAGAGUUAGCGUGCUGAAUGAUGCUCUCAAGAGCAUGUACAACGCUGAAAAGAGGGGAAAGCGUCAGGUCAUGAUUAGACCUUCCUCAAAAGUCAUCAUCAAGUUCCUCAUUGUCAUGCAGAAGCAUGGUUACAUUGGAGAAUUCGAGUACGUUGACGAUCAUAGGUCAGGAAAGAUUGUUGUUGAACUGAAUGGAAGGUUAAACAAGUGUGGUGUUAUUAGUCCUCGCUUUGAGGUUGGAGUUAAGGAGAUUGAAGGAUGGAUUGCUAGAUUGCUCCCUUCCCGACAUGUUUCAAUUUGUUUUUGAUCAAUUUAUGGAACU